CUCCGGGAGAAAUAGACAAGCCUGGCAUCGCCGAGCCACUAGAACAAAGAAUCCUACAGCCUGGAUAGGCCCGAGGUAGCGUAGGCGUAACGAUUGGCGGUGGUGCGCCGUGCAACCCUUGGCCGAGCCUCCGCCACCACCACCGAACGGCACGGAUAACGAUGCGUAACGCAAGGCGGAACACGAGCCGAAAGGGAAGGAGCACGUAGGGGAAACGAGGCAACGAGGUUUCCAAAGCUCAGUCGUCUAGCAGCCGCCGAGCGGGAAGCCCCGGUUCGCCGGUCGAAUCGCUUUGUCGGGUAGCAUCGCGUUGCGUCCACCGUGCUGGUUUCAUACCUGCGGAACAAUUCCACUUAUACGAGAGCAAGGAAGGAAGGGAGAAAGGGGGGAGAGGAGCGGCUGGCGUCUCCGGUCGUUUUUCCAGUCAGCUUUUCCCGGUCCCAGUCCGCGUGUGACGUUCGACGACGCUCGACGGAGGAUCGAUUCCCAGACACGGCCUGGAAAGACUACGAAAUGUUGGCCAACGCCGGGCAGAGUUGACGAGAGCCUACUCGUAGGGAGACGCCUACUCGACUAGCACCAAUCAGCAAGAGGGAGAAGAAACGUACCAACAUACACGCAGACGUGCGUGUCAACCGAUAUUUACCGAGUGCGAUUAAGAAGAAAGAAUGGAUCCUUAUUCAUUGAGCGUGGAGCGGGAGGCGUCGAAGAACAUCGAGGAGAACGAGCGAGAGUGCUUUAAAGAUGCGAUUGUAUCGAGUCGGAGCCUCAACAAGGGUUUCGUCGAGCCGACGAACCUUAGGAAUGCCAUCCGAGAGAUCGUUGCCUGCAUCGUUGCGGCGUCUUUCCACAUAGCGGUAGGCUUUACCAUGGCAUAUUCAGCAACUCUCAUUCCUCAUCUUGAGAAAGAAGGCGCGGAGUUGCAUGCCACGAAGGAGCAAACUUCCUGGAUAGCCAGCCUGGCGGUCGUGAGCGCGCCGGUUGGUGCCGUAUUAGGGGGCUUCCUGAUGGAGACGUUUGGCCGAUUGAAAACCCUGCAGAUCGGCGCGAUUCCCUCCGUGAUCGGCUGGAUCCUCAUCGCCUGCUCGACAAAUAUACCGAUGUUGCUGGUCGGUCGUUUGUUAACCGGACUGGCGACCGCCCUGGCGACCUCGCCAGCAAUCGUCUACAUCACCGAGGUGGCCAGGCCGGAACUGCGCGGCUCCUUGAUCUCAUUCGGGCCGACGCUGGCGUCGUUCGGCAUGGUGCUGUGUUAUGUGAAGGGUGCUUACCUGCACUGGGACAUCGUCGCCUGGCUCAGCAUCAUCUACUCGAUCGUGCCCAUCAUAUUGGUGCAGCUAUUCGUGCCCGAGUCGCCCGUUUGGCUCGUCUCGAAGGGCCGCAUCGACGACGCCAAGAAGUCCCUGGAAUGGCUUUACAAGAACGAGGUAUCGGAGAGCAAGACAUCGGUGGCCGAGGUGCAAUUUAUCACUAUUAUGAAGGAGAACGAAAUUAAACUGAGCGAACAACGGCGAAGCAAACACGGCACUGCGUCCAGCAAAUGGCGGGGAUUCCUCAAACCGACCGGAUGGAAACCCAUGGCGAUACUCUUCCUGCUCUUCUCGUUUCAACAGUUCUCCGGAAUUUACAUCACGCUAUUCUACGCAGUGACUUGGUUUCAAGAAGUGGGCUCGGGCGUGAAUGAAUACAUAGCGUCGAUUUUGGUGGGCGUCACGCGCUUCCUGUGCUCCAUGGUGAACACGUGGCUACUGAGGCGGUACAAGAGACGAAUAUUGUGCAUAAUAUCGUCUUUCGGGAUGGCUCUGUGCAUGAUUGUCUCCGGUUACUACACCUUGAACAUCAAGAACGGCGAUCGCAGCGGGUAUUGGGUACCGGUGGCUUGUCUGUUACUCUACGUAUGCACGUCGAUGAUCGGGAUGCUGACCAUUCCGUGGACCAUGACGGCGGAAUUGUUCCCGACCGAGAUCCGCGGGUUCGCCCAUUCCGUCAGUUAUUCCAUAGCGAACCUGCUAAUGUUUGCCGCGUUGCAGAGCUACAGAAGCUUGCAGACUUUCCUAGGAGGUUCAUACGCGGUGCAGUGGUUCUUCGCCGGCGUCUCCGUGGGAGCGGCUAUUUUCGUGUGGCUAAUGCUGCCGGAGACGCACGGGAAGAAGCUGUCGGAGAUCGAGGAGUACUUUCAUAAUAAUUUCCUGGCCCUGGGAGCGAAGAAGAAGGACAGAAUACGGCAAGCCGCGAGGAGGGCUCAGCAGAACACGAAAUCACCAGCGACCGAGCCGCUCAAUCCGAAAACCAUAUGCAAUGUUUAAGAAGCUCGCUCUCUCUCUCUCUCUUUCUUUCUCUUAUUUUCCUUUUCGCUCUUUUAUUAUAAUUGGCAAAUUUUGUAUGAGAGUUUUUAAGUUGUCUCGAGAAAAUGAAGGAGAAGCAUUAGACACUACUCACGCAACUAGUCUCGAUUCUUACGCGACGGAUUUUCAAAUAACUUCACGCCAGAAAUAUAUUUGGAUACGCAAAAUGCCAUUUUGAUACUGAUGAUAUAAUUAUUAUAAUUAAUCAGAUUUAUUCGUUCGACGUGAAUCGCAUCUGGCGAAACAAUCGACGGGAAUGUUCGAAAGAGUGCACAACUUUACGUAUGGAACGGUGAAUAAAGUUCGACGUUACAACUCGAAUACGAUGUCGUUGCUUUCAUUUAUUCUCACUUGUUGUUAAACAAUUCAAAAUUGAUCUAAACGCUCACGCGUGACAUGCAUUUCCAUUAUCGUGAAUGUACACGAUAAAGACGAAGGCGAGUGAAAAAAUUUUCAAUCUUCAAUGUUCCGCUCGUGGCUGGAUUAGAGCUGAUAAGACACGUCGAGAUAUAAUUACGAGAGAGAAAGAGAGAAAGGUAAUAAUAUCGCGCGGAGAAGAACGCGAGAGCGUUCGAACAUAGUGCCUCCAAUUUUCCUUUCGACAAUUGCACGCGAGAGUUAUUGUUACAGUAUUAUGUUGCCGAUCUGAUGUCGCGUAGGUUUAUUAUCGCAGAAUCGAUCGCGAUAAAGGAUUCUCCGUUUUUCCAAUCUGUCGCUCGAUUUUGCCAUAGCUUUUUACUUCAACGGCGGACCUCGAGAAGAGAUUAAACCACUUACAAACAUACCAUAGGCAAUUUCAAAUAGUGAACAUAUAGCAAAAUGAAUAAUCACAAAUGUUCAGAUUGCUUCUGAAGGAGCAGAGCUACGCAAGCUCGCUGUGAUCGAGUUUACUAAGCGGAUUAUCUGUUCACGUGUAGCGCCGUUUACUUAGAGUAGAUACUUAGAUCAUUCAAGAAGUAUUAGUUUCAUUUAGCAUCUUUAAGUAUCAUUUAGACGGAGCGAAACAUUGUUCGAAAAAGUAACACUUGCAACAGUGACUGCAAGUCUUCGCGGGAUUUGAAAAAUAUUCAUAUUCCAUUCAUCAAUACCGUGCAGAUAAAUUUCAAGGAAAAAGAACGACAUGGGCAUAAUCACGUUUGACACUCACGUUUCAACGAUAAGACAUGUAAUUAAAAAAAUGACUACAUUGUAAUUUAAUUAAUUGAAUAGUAAUUCAAUAACUUGUUGCGUGUAUCAGAUGGCCUUAAACGAUUUUGAAAGAGCGUUCCGUCUAAAUAGACUUUUGAAGGAGAAACCGUCGAACAAACCUGUAACGAACGGCACUGGUCGUCAGAAGGAUCGGCGGGCCGAGCUAUAUAUUUUUAUACGUUUAAAUAUGCCAUAUACGAAUGUGAUAAGCUACAAUAAAAGACGUACCUCCCAUGAUUUCCGGCUUGCGCUGGCGACUCGGUGCCGUUCACCGGCGCUUUUGCAGGAUACGUUUCAUCUCCGACCGAUGGACUGGUUUCAUCGCAACUUAUGGAUUUAUAGUUGAUAUUCAUUGACAGUAUUCAUAGUCUGAUUUUUGCAAGAAUAUGAAUCUACUUGAAUAACAUAUAUCUGAUUGUUUCGAUGAGAAGAGCCGAUGAAGCCAAGCUCGAUGCAACUGGCCAUCAACGAAUCUACUUUUAUCACAUGUGAUACCAUUUUCUCGACCCUUGUUUUUCUUGUUUCCGGCGAAAAAUGGACGAGCUUCAAUAUCCGAUUUAUCCUUAGCGUGGAACCUUCCGGUAUUUGUCUCUCGGAAGAUCUUUUUGCGAAAUGAUUCCUUUUUACAGCGAAACAAAUUCUUAUUUAAAGAUCGGGUAAUUAUGCAUAAAAGGGGCCUCCCCUCCGAUUUUAUUAAUUUUUUGAAUAUGUUAUUGGGGGGUCUUCCCGAGUAAUUUCAUAUAUAUAUGUAUACACGUAUAUGUAUAUAUAUGUAUAUAUACACUAUAUAUAUAUAUAUAAGGGUUGGACUCAAUUACAAUAGUUUCGAAGAUAUAAGCUAAAAAGGAUAAAAAAAUAAGUAUUUGAUAAGUUUUAUCUCCGAAACAAUUUGAGUCAGACUCUUAUAUAUGUAUAUGAAAUUACUCGGGAAGACCCCCCCCCCCCCAAGAGCAUGCUAAAAAAAUUAAUUAACUCGGAGGGGAGGCCCCUUAUGCAUAAUUACCAAAGAUCGUAUUGUACAAGUCUCCGAAGAGCUGGCGCGACAUGGUACCAGGUGCCAUUGUCGCAAAAAUGAAUUUGGAACAAAAGAGAGAUUUCCCUCGUUUUCUCCUCGUUCUGCCGCUUUUCCUCGUGUAUACGUGAUGAUAUUUAGAUCGAUAUACAUCGUUUCGUUACAUGAGCUUUUACUACACUGUACAUGGAUGCCAUUGUUUAUAUUGAACAGUUUAAUAAAGCGUUUGUAAUACAAAGCGCUUGUCCUAGAUUGAUUAUGACCUCAUAGAUGGUGAAAUCGCUCAGAAAUUAUUAUCAAUUACGCAAUAACGACGAAUGCAAGACCAAUCGCACAAGAUCAAUGCGCUAAUACUAUACCCUCCAAAGAAAGUAAGCCCUAGAAAUGAAAAAGUUUCACGACUAGCAAAUUUAUUUACAUUAACAUAUUAAGCGACUAUUUAAUAGAUUUCGUUAAUUUUACAUGUUUAUACGAGUGGAAAUAAAACUAUUACGUGAAAAA